AUGCAUUGUAAUGAUGAACGUGACAAGUCUAAUAAAGACUCAGGUACCGAAAGUAAAUCAGACAAAUGCGAAACGUCUAAUAAAGACUCAGGUAUCGAAAGUAAAUCAAACAAAUGCGAAACGUCUAAUAAGGACUCAGGUACCGAAAGUAAAUCAGACAAAUGCGAAACGUCUAAUAAAGACUCAGGUACCGAAAGUAAAUCAGACAAAUGCGAAACGUCUAAUGAAGACUCAGGUAUCGAAAGUAAAUCAGAUAAAUGCGAAACGUCUAAUAAAGACUCAGGUACCGAAAGUAAAUCAGACAAAUGCGAAACGUCUAAUAAAGUCUCAGGUACCGAAAGUAAAUCAGACAAAUGCAAAACGUCUAAUAAAGACUCAGGUACCGAAAGUAAAUCAUACAAAUGCGAAACGUGUGGUAAAGAGAUUAAAUAUAAAUCGGGAUUUCGUGUUCAUGUAAAACUUCAUAAAGGCGAAAGACCUUAUCUUUGUGAGUAUUGUGGACAAUUGUUUAGUGUAAAAGGAAAUCUAAGAAAGCACAUGGUGGCAGUGCAUUACAAUGAUGAACGUUUCAAGUCUAAUAAAGACCUAUAUACUGAAUCAUAUAAAUGCGGGACGUGUGGAAAAGAGUUUAAAGAUAAAUGGGACACGCGUGUUCAUGAGAGAAUUCAUAAAGGCGAAAGACCUUAUAAAUGCGAAUUUUGUGUAAAAUCCUUUAGGCAAAAAGAAGGCCUAAGGCGCCACGUGGUGGCAAAGCAUUGUAAUGACGAACGUUACAAGUCUAAUAAGGAUCUAUAUGUUGGAGGCGUAUCAUAUGAAUGCGGAACGUGUAAUAAAGAAUUUAAGACUAAAUGGGAUAUGCGUCAUCAUGAUGAAAAAAUGCAUAAAGGCAAACAAAAAAGGCAAAAAAAAAUAAGUGUAUUGUUAGCAGAAGCCGCUAAAUCUUAA